AGAAGAGCUUCGCGACAAUGUCAGGCCGAGGAAGAGGUGCAUACUUUAAGGAAAAGUACGGCGGUGGCGGCGGUCGGGGGGGUGGUCGAGGUGGCGGUCGAGGAGGCAGAGGAAGCGGAGGAGUUGGCUUCGGUGGCGGUCCAGACGCACCCAAGAGGCCGCGAGUCGAUGGGCCCAGGACUGGCGAGCAGCUCGGUCAGCUGCUCUCGUCGAUGGAGGGCGCCCCGUACCCUGCCUAUCAUGACGUUGAGGGCUCAUGGACGCUGUCCACCGCAAAGGGUCCCAUGACCUUCUUUCUCGACCACGCCCAGGCAGACCCGUACGCUGCACCCAGCAAGUGUCGCAUCCGCGUCGCGCAUAGUGUUGCUCUGUUCGACCCGUCGCUAUAUCGUUCUCGGCCUCGCUCCACAGCGCUCGCAGACUAUCUUCUGCGGAGACUGCAUGAGACGUGUCUCUCCAAAGAGUACGAAAAGGCUGCGCCGCCGUCGGGCUGGGCCGGUGCAAAAGGAGGCCAAAUCGAGAUCGACGCGCCCGGGCAGCAGGUCCUCGAGCGGACGGCCGUCCAUGUAGCAGCAUUCUACAUCGAGGUUCGAAUCAGAGUCGGUCUCCCGGCUCGGGGUCGGAGUGUCUGUGGGCAAUGGGCGCGCGAGAUCCUGACGCAGUCGGUCCCCUAUCUGAUCUCGGCGGCCUUCUUUGGCCCUCGGACAGGAAUCGAAGAGCACGUCGUGUCGGUCGAGAACCAACAGGUCCUGCGCAAGACUGCACUGCAGAGCCACACACCACCCUUGGCCGCAUUUAUCCCUGACGGAGCGAUCCUUGCCCGAGCGAGCGGUGCGAGCGACAAACCUUUGUCAGCCGACGAGGCCAUCAAGUUUGUCAGCCCUGAGUCUGUGCGGGUCACACUCCCCCUGCAAAACGGUGGGACCAUCCAAGGCAUGGGUGUGGCGAGGGGAAGCAUCACGGUCCUCUGCGGCGGAGGCUACCACGGCAAGUCCACCCUGCUCUCUGCCCUCGCGCUGGGCUGCUACGACCACAUUCCAGGCGACGGCCGAGAAUACGUCAGUGCAGUCGAAGAUGUCACGAGCAUCCGCAGCGAAGACGGCCGGCCCGUGUCGACGGUCGACAUUUCCCCCUUUAUCAGCAAUCUCCCUGGCCGCGACGCCAAAGACUGCGCACAGUUCAGCACGACCAAUGCCUCGGGCAGCACGUCGUGCGCUGCGAGUCUCAUCGAAUCGCUCGAGCUUCGCUCGCAGCUGCUCCUCAUCGAUGAGGACACGAUUGCGAGCAAUUUCCUGCAGCGCGACGAUGUGAUGCGCAAGCUCGUGCAAAAGGAGCCCAUCACGCCGCUUGUCGAGCGUGUGCGCCAGGUCGUCGCCACAGAGGGCCGACCCGCCGUAUUCAUCGUCUGCGGGAGCAGCAGUGACUUUUUUGCGCCGGCCGACGUCGUGCUGUGUAUGGACGAAUAUAGGCUCCUGGAUCUGACCGAGCGCGCCAAAGCCCUCGUCCCUUCCUCGACCCCCUCAUCGGCAGCGACGGCGACAAUGUCCCCGUUCAGCCCAGCCCUGCGGCGGUCCGUGCGCCUCAGUAGGCCUGCAGGCAAGAUCAUGUCGCGCUCCAAGGACUCGAUCCAGUUUGGCGACGUCGGACCCGCAGCUGCCACGGGCCCUGAUAGUGCGCAGGGUAGCACGAUUGAGCUGCGUGCCGUCCCGCAGCUCGUCCAUGCCUCGCAGACGCGCGCAAUCGAGUGCAUCAUCAAGUCGCUCCUCGAUGCGAGUCGGCCAGCGCCGUUUGCAGAGAUGCUCGAUCGUAUCGAGGAGGCGCUCGGUGCUGAUGCUCCGGGCCUGGACAGCUUCGCAGAAGGUGGACGGCUCGAUGGGUUCCUCGCCAGACCGAGAAGGGUCGACGUUGGUGCGGCAAUCAAUCGUCUCCGGAACGCCCACUUCAGCCAGUCUUCAUAGAACAGACAAUAUAGAGGCGCUCAUGCAUGUGUUGGAAUGAUGAAAUGAGGAUACAAUACAAGCAAUGAAUCAGG